CGGCAGGAGUGCGUCGAGUUCUGUCCUUCCGCGCCUGGCAGCCGUGGGCACAGCAUCCCUGGCUGGGGCGCAGGCAGCUCCCUCCUCUCCCCUCUGUCUGUCUCACUCUUUCUCUCUCCCUUUCUCUUUUGCUCUCUCUUUCCCAUUCCAUCCAUCCGCCUGCCUGCCUGCCUGCUAGACACCCCCAGGAGAGUCUGGGUCAUCCAGACUGAGACGCCCAAGCCGCCAACAUGGGGUACGGCCGCUCAGAUAGCUACCGCGUGGCAACCACGCAAGACAAGCACGAUGAGAACUCUUCACCGAAGAAGAGCAAAGCGCAGCAGAAGAUCCGAGAUCUGGAUGAUCUUAAGAAGGAGGUGGCGAUGACUGAGCAUAAAAUGUCCAUUGAAGAAGUGUGCCGGAAAUACAACACAGACUGUGUGCAGGGUCUGACCCACAGCAAAGCCCAAGAGUUCUUGGCCCGAGAUGGCCCCAAUGCACUCACCCCGCCACCCACCACUCCCGAAUGGGUGAAGUUUUGCCGCCAGCUGUUUGGGGGUUUCUCCAUCCUCUUGUGGAUCGGUGCCAUCCUCUGCUUCUUGGCCUAUGGCAUCCAGGCAGGAACGGAGGACGACCCAGCGGGAGACAAUCUGUACCUGGGUAUCGUCUUGGCUGCUGUCGUCAUCAUCACUGGCUGCUUCUCCUACUACCAAGAAGCCAAAAGUUCUAAGAUCAUGGAGUCGUUCAAGAACAUGGUGCCCCAGCAAGCCCUGGUCAUCCGGGAAGGCGAGAAGAUGCAACUCAAUGCCGAAGACGUGGUGGUUGGCGAUCUGGUAGAGGUGAAAGGGGGAGACAGGGUCCCAGCGGAUCUCAGGAUCAUCUCGGCUCAUGGCUGUAAGGUGGACAACUCCUCAUUGACUGGUGAAUCAGAGCCACAGACGCGAUCCCCUGAUUGCACCCAUGACAACCCUCUGGAGACAAGGAACAUCACUUUCUUCUCUACCAACUGUGUAGAAGGCACAGCACGUGGGGUCGUCAUCGCCACAGGGGACCGCACCGUGAUGGGCCGAAUUGCCACGCUCGCCUCGGGCUUGGAGGUCGGCAAGACCCCCAUUGCAAGGGAGAUCGAGCACUUCAUCCAGCUGAUCACCGGUGUGGCUGUCUUUUUGGGGGUUUCCUUCUUCGUCCUCUCUCUGAUUCUGGGCUACUCCUGGCUUGAAGCUGUCAUCUUCCUCAUUGGCAUCAUUGUGGCCAACGUCCCCGAGGGGCUCCUGGCUACGGUCACCGUAUGUCUGACCUUGACAGCCAAACGCAUGGCCCGCAAGAAUUGCUUGGUGAAGAACUUGGAGGCCGUCGAGACCCUGGGCUCCACCUCCACCAUCUGCUCGGACAAAACAGGGACCCUGACUCAGAACCGUAUGACCGUUGCCCACAUGUGGUUUGACAACCAGAUCCACGAGGCUGAUACUACUGAGGACCAGUCUGGCACGGCCUUCGACAAGAGUUCUGCUACCUGGGUGGCAUUGUCCCACGUUGCAGGGCUUUGCAACCGAGCUGUCUUCAAGGGAGGUCAGGAAAAUGUGCCCAUCCUCAAGCGUGACGUGGCAGGAGAUGCUUCUGAGUCCGCCCUGCUAAAGUGCAUUGAGCUCUCGUCCGGAUCCGUCAAGCUGAUGAGGGAGAAAAACAAAAAAGUGGCUGAGAUCCCUUUCAACUCCACCAACAAAUACCAGCUCUCGAUUCACGAGACAGAGGACCCCAACGAUAACCGCUACCUGCUGGUGAUGAAGGGCGCACCUGAACGCAUCCUGGACCGAUGCUCCACCAUCCUCUUCCAAGGCAAAGAACAGCCCCUUGACGAGGAGAUGAAAGAAGCUUUUCAGAAUGCCUACCUGGAGCUUGGAGGUCUUGGCGAGAGGGUGCUAGGUUUCUGCCACUUCUACAUGCCUGAGGAACAGUACCCCAAAGGGUUUGCCUUCGACUGCGACGAUGUCAACUUUACCACCGAGAACCUCUGCUUCGUUGGGCUCAUGUCCAUGAUUGAUCCUCCCCGCGCUGCUGUGCCCGAUGCUGUGGGCAAGUGCCGAAGCGCUGGCAUCAAGGUGAUCAUGGUAACAGGUGACCAUCCCAUCACAGCCAAGGCCAUUGCUAAAGGUGUGGGCAUCAUCUCUGAAGGUAACGAGACCGUGGAAGACAUUGCUGCCCGGCUGAACAUCCCCGUCAGCCAGGUCAACCCCAGAGAUGCCAAAGCCUGUGUGAUCCAUGGCACCGACUUGAAAGACAUGGGCACAGAGCAAAUCGAUGAGAUUCUGCAGAACCACACGGAAAUUGUCUUUGCCCGGACUUCCCCACAGCAGAAGCUCAUCAUUGUGGAAGGUUGCCAGAGACAGGGUGCGAUUGUGGCUGUAACAGGCGACGGCGUGAAUGACUCCCCUGCCCUGAAGAAGGCCGACAUUGGGGUGGCAAUGGGCAUUGCCGGUUCUGACGUCUCCAAGCAGGCUGCCGACAUGAUCCUCUUAGAUGACAACUUUGCCUCUAUUGUCACUGGAGUCGAAGAGGGACGCCUGAUCUUUGACAACCUGAAGAAAUCCAUUGCCUACACCUUGACCAGCAACAUCCCUGAGAUCACCCCUUUCCUGCUGUUCAUCAUGGCCAACAUCCCUCUGCCUCUGGGUACCAUCACCAUCCUCUGCAUUGACUUGGGCACUGACAUGGUGCCAGCCAUCUCCUUGGCUUACGAAGCAGCUGAGAGUGACAUCAUGAAGCGACAGCCACGAAACCCCAGGACUGACAAGCUGGUGAAUGAGAGGCUGAUCAGCAUGGCCUACGGGCAGAUUGGAAUGAUUCAGGCGUUGGGCGGUUUCUUCUCCUACUUUGUGAUCUUGGCCGAGAACGGCUUCCUUCCAUCUGUUCUCGUCGGCAUCCGCCUCAACUGGGAUGACCGGACAUGCAACGAUCUGGAAGAUUCGUAUGGGCAACAAUGGACCUACGAACAGCGCAAAGUGGUAGAGUUCACCUGCCACACAGCCUUCUUCGUCAGCAUCGUGGUGGUGCAGUGGGCUGACUUGAUCAUCUGCAAAACCAGAAGGAAUUCAGUCUUCCAGCAGGGCAUGAGAAACAAGAUCCUUAUUUUUGGUCUCUUUGAGGAGACUGCCUUGGCCGCCUUCCUGUCAUACUGCCCAGGCAUGGAUGUGGCGCUGAGAAUGUACCCCCUGAAGCCCAGCUGGUGGUUCUGCGCUUUCCCUUACAGCUUCCUCAUUUUUGUGUAUGAUGAAAUCCGUAAACUUAUACUGCGCCGUAACCCAGGAGGAUGGGUGGAGAAAGAAACCUACUACUGAGUCUCCUCCCUUGUCUGUGGCUGGUUGUCUCCCCUUAAGGGGGAGUGCUCUCCCCUCCAAAAUUCUGCCUGUCCCCCCUGCCUAAUUAUGAGAGAGAGAG